AUGUCAGAUGUUCACAGGAGAAAAUAUCUUGCGGCACACCUUGUGGAAAGCUUCUCUCGUGCGGAUUCCAUCAUUGCGAACGGCUUUGCCAUGACGAUGGGUGUGGUUCAUGUACAAGCGUGUGCGGCAAGUCGCGCAAACUCUGCCUUCCAGCACACCAUCCUUGUGCCCUAUCGUGCCAUGUCCCCGCAGCGUGCUCGGAAUCGGAGCCCUUCUGCCCCGUGCGGACGGAGCACUGUGAACCCUGCUGGACGCGAAGGAUCUCAGCAAUUGAAGUGCUCGAAUGAAUGUCUGGUGGCAAAACGCAAUGCGCGUUUGGCUGAAGCUCUCGGUAUCAAUCCGAAUCAUGAAACUCCCGGAGAUAGGCAGGUCAUCUACAACGAUGAACUUCUUGUCUUCGCUCGCGCAAACCCUAGAUUCUGCUCCAUGGUAGAGAAGAGCUUAUCUGACUUUCUAUCCUCGGACAAGAAAAGCCAGAUCUUGGCGCAAAUGUCCGAGAAUAAGAGGAAGUUCGUGCAUGAUCUUGCUGCCGUGUAUCGGCUGGACACCCAGAUGGUGGACCAGGAACCCAAUCGCAGCGUGCAGUUGUUGCGAAGGAUUGAUUCUCGCAUCCCUGCCCCACUUCUGUCUACCUCUGCGACAGUGUCGCCGUCAAUUGGCGCCUCGUCAUUCAGCCUGGGUAAGCUGACUGACUUGCGUGCCCCGGCACUUCGCCCACGGCCAUCACCAGUCCCGUCCCCCGCCCCUCCGCCGGUCGCGAGCGGCUCUGGUGGAGCGUGGAGGUCGGUUGUUGCACGGCAGCCUCCGUUGGUCCCUACACACACUCCUCCGAAUGCAUGGGGCGCGGCACUCGAUGCCAGGCCGACUGCUCGGCUCCCUCCAUCUGCGACACCUUCCCGUCAAAUCCCGUCUCCCGUUACUGUCGCUGUUGUUGAAGAUGUUCCAGACAGCUGGGAAGACGACACAUAG